CUGCAGGGCGUUGCCGUGGGAAACGGGAUGUCCAGUUACGAGAUGAACGAUAACUCUCUGGUGUUCUUUGCCUACUACCACGGCCUGCUGGGAAGUCGUCUGUGGGCGGAGCUUCAGACAUACUGCUGCAGCGACGGGAAGUGCAACUUCUACAACAACCCUAACAAGAACUGCUCCGCCAGCCUGUCAGAGGUCCAGGACAUCGUCUACAGUUCAGGACUCAACAUGUACAACCUGUACGCCCCCUGUCCAGGUGGAGUCCAGCAGAGAGUCAGUGUUGAGCGAGGCGAGCUGGUGAUCAGAGACCUGGGUAACUCGUUCAUCAACCAUCAGUGGACUCAGCUGUGGAACCAGAAGUUACGAGGUCUGGCGUCUCAACACCUGUCCGUCCGUCUGGACCCGCCCUGCACUAACUCCACCCCCUCCUCUCUCUACCUGAACAACCCGUACGUCAGAGCGGCUCUGCACAUCAGCCCCAAGGCUCUGGACUGGGUCAUCUGCAGUUCUGAGGUGAACCUGAACUAUGGUCGUCUCUACCUGGACGUCAGGAAACAAUAUCUGAAGCUGCUCUCUGCUCUGGUCAGUGAACGCAACAUACCUGUCCUCCUCCUGUCCUCCACUCUACCUGUCCUCCACCUGUCCUCCACUCCACCU